CUCGCAGUCAGUCAGCGGGACUCCAGGCUCUCACUUCCCCAGCUGCUGACGUCAGCUGGCAGCCUGGGCUGAGCUCACGGCUCCGGACAUAGCGCCGAGAAAAAUGCUGCUCUCCGUACCGCCAAGGGCAGGAAUCAACCCUUACAACGGCUAUAACAACAGAAACAGCAAAAAGCAGGCCUAUGUGUCCUCCAGCCACCAGAUGGCGCCCCCCAGUCCCAACACCAACAGUAGUAGCAACAGCAGUGGGGGAGGGGAACAGUUGAGUAAAACUAACCUGUAUAUUCGUGGCCUUCAUCCUGGGACCACGGACCAAGAUCUGGUCAAGCUCUGCCAACCGUAUGGCAAGAUUGUGUCGACCAAGGCAAUCUUAGAUAAAACCACCAACAAAUGCAAAGGCUAUGGCUUUGUGGACUUUGACAGUCCAGCAGCAGCACAGAAAGCUGUUACAGCCCUGAAGUCCAGCGGGGUCCAGGCUCAGAUGGCUAAACAACAAGAGCAGGACCCCACCAACCUCUACAUCUCCAACCUGCCAGUAUCUAUGGACGAGCAAGAGCUGGAGAGCAUGCUCAAGUCCUUUGGCCAGGUCAUCUCCACACGCAUCCUGCGAGAUGCUAGCGGGACCAGUCGCGGCGUAGGAUUUGCAAGAAUGGAGUCCACAGAGAAGUGCGAGGCCAUAAUUCAGCAUUUCAAUGGCAAGUUCAUCAAGACUCCACCUGGAGUGCCUGUGCCCACAGAGCCCUUAUUAUGUAAGUUUGCAGACGGGGGUCAGAAGAAGAGGCAAAACCAGGGAAAGUACCUGCAGAAUGGUAGGCCCUGGGCUAGAGACGGUGAUACAGGAGGAAUGACGCUUGCGUAUGACCCCACAGCCUUACAAAAUGGCUUCUACUCCUCGCCCUACAGUCUGGCACCAAACCGAAUGAUCGCCCAGACUUCCCUCUCACCCUACAUGCAUUCUCCUGUCUCAUCCUACCAGGUACACAGCCCAUCCUGGAUGCACCAUCAGUCAUACCUCAUGCAGCCAGCUGGUACAGUUCUUACCCCAACAAUGGAACACGCCAUGUCCAUCCAGCCCACCUCCAUGAUGGGACCUCUCACCCAGCAGCUGACCCACCUUUCCCUGGGCAGCACAGGCACAUAUAUUCCGGCCAACACAUCUAUGCAGGGGACCUACCUCCCCCAGUACACCCAAGUGCCUCCCUCCAGUGUCCCAGUGGAGGAGAAUGGUGGUCAACAGCAACAGGUUUCCAUGGAGACCCCUGCCGAACACACAAACUACUCAUACCAACACAACAAGUGAAACAAAGCAGGGUGGGGCCUAGAGCAGGAGAAAAAUCCAACCACAGGAUUCUGCUGAAAGACAACUGUGCUCCGCACCUAGCACCCGGACUUGAACAUGGAUAACAAAAGGAACAUGUGUGAGUGUUUUUGUGUUGGUGUGUUUGUGGGUGCGUGUGUGUUUGUAUGUGUGUAUGUCUGUUUUUUCGUUCGUUUUUUAAGAAAAAGGACAACACCCAAAAUAUCUGACUUUCCUGCUCACAAUCCUCAAGAGUUUUUCAACCAAAGGUUGGGAUUCUAUCUCACAGAAGCUAAGCUCUAUUUUGAUUACUGAAAAAGGAACAUAACAAGAAGCUGAACAAAAAAGAAAAUUAAGAGAGGAGGAAAAGACAGAGCAUUAUUUUUGUGCACGCAAUGUAACAAAUUCUUAUUUUUUAAAAAGCAUUCUGGAUGUUUCAGGGUGAUUCAAGAAAGAGUUGAAACACAAUGUGUCUUUUAUUUUUUUGUAAAAUAUGCAAACUUGUAUGUUUGUCUUUCCUGAUGUCUGUUGUUUGACGUUCUAUUUGCAGCAGCAUGGACAACGAUUUGUACAGAUUUCAGAACUUACACACACUUUGUUGGCCUGGUGUCAUUAACCGUUUAAAGCUACUUCCACUCUUACAGACCAUGUUAGACCAUAGUUUAACUUUGUGUUAGUGUUUAACUUUCAACCAUUCUUUCAUAUGUGAACAAAAGACAAUCAAUUAUUUCUAUUUAUAUUGAAUUAUAGGUCUAUUUUGAAGAGUUUUUAGAUCAUUUAAACAUACAUUUAUAGAAAAGAAGUUAUUCAAUACUUAAGUUUUUACAGUCAAGAUGAAGUGGACUCUAAAGGAUGUGUACCCAACAUUCAUAAUUACAUUUGGCCGAUGACUUCACAUCAAAAUGGCUUCAUAAGACAUGUUCAUACUAAAAGUAGUUCCCUUUUUGUCAUAGAGUAUUUGUUGUUGCAUCCGUGUCCAUAAGAAGUGGUUUUAAGCGGUUCUAUUAUGACUCUCCAUAAGGCAUCAUUGAUUUCAUCCUGCUUCAGAUUUGAUUGGUUACUGAGAGAGUAUGUGUACUAAGAGCAAUGCAGUUACUAAAUUAAGAUGUAGUUUUGCAAAAGCAAUGAGGGAAAUCAAAUAGAGAACUAAUACAAAUGCCUGAGAGAGAGUAAUUUGUGUGAUAGGAAAGGGAACUGUAAAUCUGUUUUUUUUUCAAUGCUGCUGCUGAGUUUGAUUUUUCUUCCAGUGAUGUUUAGUUUGUAGGAAGUUCAUUGUAUUCUUUUUGUCUGUCACUUGAAAACCUUUUGAGCUACUUUACCUUAUUUUUGAUGAAUAUAUCUUUGAAGUAGAUUGGAUUUUAGUUUUAGAAUUACCUUCUUUUUUUUUUUUUUAAAUAGAAAGUAGAUGUUAGUUUUGUUUUUCUCCACCUUGGGAUUGACGCUGUUUUCUUAUGCACAUACAUUUUUCUCUUGCUUCGUUUCCACACGGAAGAAGAGAACAAUCGUUCUUAACCUCGUGUCUUCUGUCCUCAUAUUGCGUGACCUGUGUGUAGAAAGCCUUUUGAAGAGGAGUGCUGAACCAAACCAUGACUUUGUUUAGUGCUGAUCCAAAAGAUUCAUACUGAGGCUGCAUCUGUGUUGUGGCUCAAAGAGGCUUCAUACGUACAAGCCCAGGUAUGCUUCGACAGUCCAUCCAAAUAUGUUGAACUUUAAUUUAUACAGACAUCAUAAACUGUAGAUAUGUAGAUAAUAGAAAUCAUGGUUUUACAAAAGUACCGCUCACGAGACCGUGGAAGUGCCAUUAAAGACGAUUCUUAUAGCCUUUAGUGAGACAGUUUGUCUGAAUGAAUUUGUGAGUGAUCCAAAACUCUGCAAAAACUAUUUGAAGCUAAGCCUUAAUGUUUUCUCUUUGGAAGAACUGCCUUGUGUCUCAUAGGAUCAAAACGUAGUUGUAAAUACUAUGGUAAUGAUGACAGGCUUAUUUGAAUGCCAUUCAGUUGGUCGUCGCGUCAGUCAAGUUAGCUGUACGGUUGCGAGGUGCUUUUUCCUUCCUUGCUCCUCAAACCAUCCAUAAUCAAUCCAGUGGGGGGGAAAAAACAGUGUGAUCAUGACUUUCUCAAAGCUUGCAGUUUGAUGAUUCUGUUUUUGUCUUCACGUUUUUGUGUGUUUCUAUUCAUUUCCACAACCAAAGAUGUUGUCGCCACCAAUCUUAUUAGCUCGUUGUCACUGAAUAAAAAGCUAUUUUCUGGUUCUGAUGGUUGGAAACAGGCACAGAAUUUUCUAAAUUUUUUACGUUUAUUUCCUUUUAAUGCAAUUGUUCCGAGAAUACCCGAGACAAAACGAAAUAUUUAGGCUGAUUUGAAAUAAACGUCUAAAGAUUGAAAUGAUUUUUAUCAUCCUGUGUUAAACAGUUUUCCUCAUACCUCAUGGAUUAUUUGAGAGAACGCAUACUCUUAGUUUUCUGCAAACACCCGUGAGGAAUACAGAACCUUUUUCAGACAUGAGCUGACGUUGUAUAAAGUCCUUUUUCUCUCCUUCCAUUUCUCUUCACAUAAUUUGUGUCCUUUUCUUCUUCUGUGUUUUGUGAUCUUUUUUAUGAUUUAUGUCAUGUCCAGAAAACACAGUGAUAACCAAUUGUUCAGAUUCAGUGCACCAUGAAGGAAAAUGUCAUGGAUAUUGUUUAUAUGUUCAGAGAAAUGAUAUUCCAUGUGUUAGCCAUUACUUUUAAUACAAAAACAGGUUUUUGAAACUAUGAAAUGACCACUUGUUGCAAUGCAGCGUUUAUUUAUUUUGUUUUUUUGUUCUGUUUUUUUAUUUUAAUUUUAGAUUUUAUAAAAGGAUAUUUUGGUGCUCCAAAUUGAAAAAGCAUCAGGAAAAUCAUUGAAUCUUAAAAUCGGAUGAAAUUUUAGGACUGCUUUGAUUAAUGGUGUGCGGUAUAAAGAGCACACAAUAUUUGACACAAAACAUUUUUGCUUGCACUUAUUAUUCAGUUGACACUAAUUUAAUAUGCUCUAUUUGUCAGUAAUGUCCAUUUAAUGGCUUAUUUCAUAGAUUCAAAAUGUUUUGCUGCUAAAACAGGAUUUCCAAGCAGAUGCUAAGAUGUUGCCCAGUCUGGAUUUUUAAAAUGUGCGUAUUUACUUUGAUUUGGUUACUUCAGAAUAUCCAUCAGUUUUAUGUUUGCAACAAACGGCAUCAUGAUACACAUGUACAGAAUAUAGAAUAAGAGGUUCCCUGUUAUUUUUUAUUCUUAAAUGAUUUAAAGACGACAAUGUUUUCUUAUGUUGACAUUUUUCAACCUGAAAUAAAAAAUGGCCUUGUUGCUCCUCACUUUGGAAACCAAAUUUGCGUGAAUUCCAGACAUUUUGGAAAUCCUUCGGGCUCGUCUCACGCUCCUGCUUGAGAACAGUUUUCUUAUUUAUACAAGAACUCAUUUUGUACAGUUUUGUUAGAGGAAAGAGGUUUUGAUAUUUGGUUAUUUUGCAAAGCCACUUGGCUACUUUUGUCUUCCUGUGCCAGAGAUGCUAAAAUUGUCUGUAACUUGUGUUUUUUUUAUUGAUUGAGAUAAGAUUGUCUUUUUUCUUGGUUUUAUCUUUGAAUUUGACUAUGUCAAUUUUUUUCCUUUUUUAAAAAUAAAAGCCUUGUUUCAAUGAA